CUGCCGGUGUGGAAAUUGACGAAGAAUAUAACGGGAGUAACGUAACCAACUUUUAAAAUGUCUUUCUCUAUGGAUACUGCUCCUUCGCUGGAAACAGUUAAUCAGGCUUUGCAGGCUCUCUAUAAUAACCCAGAUGUCACUGGCAAGGAAAAGGCAUCUGUAUGGCUAGGUGAACUACAAAAAUCGGUGAGAAUUCAUCAGUUGGGCCGGCUGAAUUAGCACUGCCGCAGAGCAUCAUUGUCAGAAUUCUCUUGGUGUAACUAUUUAAAAUAUUUUUUGCUUUGAUUGAAAGGCAUUUACAUGCAUCUUUGGGUUUAGUUCAAGAAUUGAAACUAUUUAUCAUUUUUUCAAUCACUGGAAAACUUAUUUCAUUCAUGACAAAUUUAUUGUGACUCAGAGUCAGAGCUCUGUCUCACUCUCAGUGACUCUCUGAACUCUCGGUAGUCUGGUAGUCUCAAUACCGAUAUUAUUAUUGGCUAAAACCGAGGAUGGCUGCCACUGUCACUCGGCCGCCACUGCCACGGCGUCUUUUGUGUCUUUAUUAUAGUUGCAGUGAUUUAGAGUUUAGGUUAGGUUUAGAGAUCGAUUUAGGGUUCAGAUUAGGCAUAGGGAUCGAUUUAGGGUUCAUAAAUAGGCAUAGGGAUCGAUUUAGGGAUACAUUCGUGAAAUUUGAAAAAAAAGUGGCAGGAGUCCCCAUUUUUAACCUUAUUAUUAUAUUAGACACUUUUUUUUAGAAAAUACCCGGUGGGUCUAAGUAAGGGUGACCAACCUUUCACGAUCGUACCCAUUACCCGGUGUCCUGAAAAAGUCUCUUGGGACCCCUAAAUGUCCGGUUUUUAAAACCAAACACAUUUUUAAAUCGAUUAAACUUCCUAAUUUAUAAUCUAAUUUCAAGUAAUAUUUUUGCUAGCUGUGUAGCCAGUGCCAGUAGUGAUGUGGGCUCACGUUAUGAAUGCUCUGUUCCCCCUCCACCACUCUGCUGAUACUGCGUUAACGACAGUGCCCCGGCUAUAGAUCUUAUUAUGUUGUAAAAUAUGUAUAAAUAAAUAAGUAUUCACAGUAAAAUUAUUGUUUUUGUUUAUGAUAUCCCUCAGAGUUUAAAUUAAAUUACAAAAGUGAAGGUAAAUUUUAAUUUAAAAAGAUUUCCAAGUCUUUGCAGUUUUCGGCGGAGGCUCCCGGACCCCUCUUUAGCUGGAGGGUAUCCCGUUUUUUCCAGUUCAUGAUUUGGUCACCCUAGUCUAAGUGUUAGUGUUACAAAAAAAGAGUUCUCAUUUUCUAUAAUAUAGGCAUAGUACUACAGUACAGAAAGUCCUACAUAACCUGCCAGCAUUUAAACAAUAGUCCUACAGACAGUCCUACACUCUACCUGCCGGCCAUUAAACAAUAUGCAUACAGCAUGCCCAUGGCUCUUUAUUGAUUAAUUUAAUAGCUCCUCCCCGUAUAGAAUUUUCUUUCCCCGAGUCUUACAUGACAGUCUUUUUUUUUUCUAGUCAGGGGCCAUCCAUAAAUGACGUCACGCAAAUUUUGCAGAUUUUGACCCCUCCCCCCAUCGUCACAAAAAGUUAGGACACCAAAAUAUAACGUCCCAAAUCCCUGCACCCCCCCCCCCUUUAUAAAAAGUCCCUGUGUCCAUUACUGUCAUUUACAAACCCUUAAGAAAUUUGCCUCCCAUGGAUAUCAAAUUACUGCACCCGUGUCAGAAACAUUUCACUAGAUCAGUGGUUCUUAACCACAGGUACAAGUACCUCCCCAGCCUUGAGAUGUGGAAGACCAAAGCGGUGUAUUCAGUGGACACUUCCCGUGUCCAGAUUUAGCCACAAAUUCUCACGACUGUCAUUGUAACUACAUUCCGAUUCUCCUACUACUGGGCGUCCUGUAACUUGAUCUGAGGCCAUUCUUCGGACCUCGCAUACCUAAAGAACUGAUAGUAGUUUUAAAAUAAAAUGAUUAUAAUUUUUUUUUUUAAAUAUUGUUAAAAUAUCUGUAAUUUAGUGUUAUUAAGUGAAAUUCUUUACUGCAACAUUCUGCUUUUCUUGUGACGUCACAUGGUUAUAGGCGCUAUAAUUUUUAAAAAAAUAAAAUCUGCUAUUGCACAGUGAGAAGCUCUAUAGAUUUUUACAUACAUUAGCUAUUGAUUUUUUUAAAAAGUCGCAUAACUCAUUUUGAUACAUGACCUAAUUUUCUUUGUGUGAAGUUUUUAAAAAAUGUUGUACUAUUAUAUUCUGUAGCAAUUAAUAUUGACCUGUAUGCACUCACAUAUAAAUGUCCAAAUACUGUUCACUUUUCCAGUUUCAAUAUAGAUUUAUUUUUCUAUUGACUAAAUUUUCUAAUUUUAUGAUUAUAAUCUAAUGAGAUUAUUUCCCAAUCCCUUUUAAUAUGUAAAUUUCUUCACUGCUGACAUCUGUUGAAAUAGUUUUGAAAAGCAGAAGAUAAAAGUAUUUUGAGCUCAAAAUGUAACCUUUAUUAGGUAUAAUACUCAUAUUACUUGCAAUUUUUCUUAAAUAAAAAAACCAUAUUUAUUAUAUUGAAUGAAUGAUUUCAUUUUGAGAUCUUAACAUGUCAAGUACAAGUAAUGAGACAGAGAUGGUUAUCAUAGUAAUUAAAUUAUAUUAAACUUUCGAUCAACCGUUAAGAAAUAAUAUUUAAUCAAUACAAAUGAAUCUUUGAACCCUUAAAUUCCAAGCAGUUAGCUAAUUUGGUAACUAUUUGACAUAAAUAAAUUUGUUUCUAGGUGUUUGCUUGGCAAAUAGCAGACCAGUUAUUGAGAUUAAACCAGAGUUUAGAAUCAUGCUACUUUGCAGCUCAGACCAUGCGAACAAAGGUAAGUAAACAUUUAUUGGAAUUGGAACUUAUAUUUAAAGUUAAUAUGUGAGUAUUGAAAUUGCAAAUAAUAAAGUUUCUUAAAUUAUUUUAUUUUUGAGCAAAAUAAUUUUUAUGAAAAAAUGUCAAAUUAUGUAAGUCAAACUGUCAUGAUAAUUCAUUUAUAAAUUUCAGAAGUAAAUUAUUUGGAAUUAAAAUAUUUUCAGAUACAGUAUGCCUUUCAUGAACUACCAGCUGAGUCACACCAGGUAAAACAUGCCUUUCAUGAUAUUCUUUAUUAGUGCACUGAGAAUAACAAGGCAAGGAAUAAAUAAAAUUUCAGAGCAGGCGAUAUUGGCGUUUUUAAUAUAGGAAUAAAGCUUAUUUAAACAGCUAUUACAUUAAGUCAGUGGUUUUCAAGCCCUUUUCAUAGUCUUUUUGAAAAUUAUGUUUUAAUCACUGUUCAAGUAUUUAAAUAAAACAUUGGUAUCCAAACAUUUAUUCUAAGAUUAAUUUUAUAUGAAUUUAUUUCGACUUAGAUUAUAUUGGGUAGAUCUGUGGUUCCCAACCUUCCUAAUGGUGCAACCCUUUAAUAAAGUUUCUCAUGUUGUGGCGACCCCCCAACCAUAAAAUUAUUUUCAUUGUUACUUCAUAACUGUAGAGUAUAUAUAUUUUCCAAUGGUCUUAGACAAACCAUGUGAAAGGGUCGUUCAACCCCCCUUCAAGGGGUCGCAACCCACAGGUUGAGAACCACAGGGCUGGUUACCGGAAAUUUGUUUGAAAAAAAUUUUGUCUACGAAAAUUUUAUCAAAGUUAUUUUUCAGUUCACACACUAAAAUUUUUUAAAAUUUCUUUUUGAAUGCACUUUACUAUAUAGUCAAACAAAAUAAUGCAUUCAAAAAGAAAUUGAUGCAAAAUUUUAAUGUGUGAACUGAAAAACAGAUUUGACCUAACUUCCGCUCGAUUGAAUUUGCGUAGACGAAAUUUCUUUCAAACAUACUUCUGGAUACGCACUGGGCUAGAUUAUACUGUAGGUUCCGUAAUGCUUUAUAUGUAAUAGGCAUAAAAAACAACAUUGUUUAAAUGGAUAUAGUAUAAUAAUCCCUUAGAUAUCAAAAUCUUGAAACAUAUUUGUGAACCUUUCUUGUUAUACCAGUUGAAAAUUGCUAGUUUAGGCUAUUACCAAUGAAUGUAUUACUAAUCUCACUUAAUUGUAAUAAAUGGGCAAAGAAAUUGUCAUAUUCAUCUUUUAUCUCUCCAGGCUUUGCGGGAUUCAUUGCUAGAGCAUGCAUCAAAAAUAGCACCUGGAACGCCACCGGUAAUUGUAACACAGGUACAUAAUAAAUAUUGGGUUGGUUUUUUUUUUGUUGUUUUUUUUUUUUCAAAUUUUAUAAAUCAAAUGUUUAUAUGACAAAAAUUCUUUUAAAUUUUAUAUCAAUUCAAUGAGCUUGCAAGAGCAAUUUAGCAUUAUUAUUAUGAUACUAUUAAGUUUUUAUUCAUCUGGCAGUGCAGUAUUCUUUUUGAUUAACAUUUUAUGUAUGUUUUAAUUUUUAUAGCUUUCACUAGCCUUAGCAGACUUGGCACUUCAGAUGGCUACUUGGAAAUCAGCAGUUCUAGAUUUUGUAGAAAGGUUAAUAUCUUGAUAAUGCAACUGUUAAAUGCAGACUGAUUUUAUUUUCUAUUUUAUUCAAUUAAAGAUGUGCUGAGCAUCAUCCAAUUUAUAAAAAUAAUCUGCAGUUUUAAAAGGCAUGUCCAAACAUAUAUAAAAUUUCUUUCUAAUUCUGUUAAUGUUGUAGUGCUAAAGCUUGGCCAUAAUUACUCAAGCAAAAAAUUGGAUUUUGGGAUAUAAGCAAGCAGAUUUGCCAAUGGUUAAAAUUUCUGUUUCUAUUAUGCUUCACAGAUUCAGCAAUGACCACAUGGGAUUUUUACUUGAAGUUUUAACGGUUCUACCAGAGGAGGUAAUUAGAAUUGUAUGUUUUAUUGAUAUGUAAAGGAAUUUUUAUGUUUUUACUCUGCCUGGGUAAGGAACUUUUGAUUUUUUAAGCAAAAAUUGAAAUUUCUCUAACUUUAUUAUCUUUAUUGUUUUGUUCUGAUAACCAUAUUACAACUCUAUUUCACUGGUUCUCAAUGAAAAUUUGAAAGUUUGUGUUUAUUGUUGCUGCUAAAAUUCAAUAAGCUGUUUUAAAUGAGUAUUUUUUAUUGCAUUCCUGUCACUCCUAGAUUAGCAGUAGAUCACUUCGUCUUGGUGCUAACAGACGCAAGGAAGUAACAGAUGAACUUAUAGAAGCAAGUCCAACAAUAAUUCAGUUACUUACGCAUGUGGUAUGUUAUUUUUAUUUAAAAACUCAAGUUAGUGUUGUCGUCGUCCCGACCCUUUUAUUUUUAUACCUUUUUUUUUCUACUCUCAAUUUCAUGAAAUUUGUCUGUCGUCUGUAGCAUUAUUUUGUGAAGUCACAUUUGACCCUAUCGCACAGUUGAUCGUGGAUAUCUUGUCUCUACGUAAAGAGAACAGCCCUAGAAUGGAUCGAUUCAGUCUUUCUUGUGCUAACUUGACUGUAAAAGCACAUCUGAGCUAUAACAGAGAGUUACAGCUUCGGUAUGGUGGGUUAAAAAGGGGGGGGGGGAUUAUCAGUGGUGAGUGUAGGGGAAAUAAAUGGGGAUUUAAAAAACAACAAUGCUACCCUUUCUCUUAUGAUAACCAUCGGUCCUAAUUGUAUGAUUCAGGUAGGGGAUUGGGGAAUUAUACAGGGUAAAAAGGGGGGGGGGGGGAUUAUCAGUGGUGAGUGUAGGGGAAAUAAAUGGGGAUUUAAAAAACAACAAUGCUACCCUUUCUCUUAUGAUAACCAUCGGUCCUAAUUGUAUGAUUCAGGUAUGGGAUUUGGGAAUUAUACUCUGAUCAACGGACAGCAAGCAGUCAUUUAAUUCAACGUUAUAGCAUUAUGCCUAGGUAAAGAGUUAAGUCAUUAUGCCCUGGAUUUUUUAAGCAUUCUUUGUUUAAGAAAAAAUUCUUUUGUGGAUAAUUUACAGAUUAAAAUUUUAAUACUAAAAAGUAGUUAUAAAAAUUAUAAUAAACCUUUUUUAAAAGACUCUUUUGAAGAGUUAAACACACUAAAAAAGUAGAAAAUACUUUUUCAAUUUCUUAAUAUUCAUUAUGGAAAGCCAGUCUGUGCAAAAAAUAUAAUUAACAAUAAAUUUAAUUGGAAUCAUUUGGCCUCUUAAAGUGCCAUACUACCCUUCUGCACAUGUUCUCUUUGUGUAAUGAAUUUUACAAAUAUACACUUUUUAAAGAAAAAUUAACUUUGGUGUUUGAUAGUAUUACCAUUACAUGAUUUUAAAAAAAUAAGAAAUAAAAGCAGUAAUUGUAUAUAGUGACACAUGCAAGAAAUAAUCAUUACUUUACAAUAUACAGAAUACAAAUGCAUGUGGAGAAGAGGAAAGAGACCAACGUGCACGGAGUAAAACUUAUAAAGUAAUGGGAAGCUGGUUCUCGGUGGGAGCUAUACCACAGCAAGUUCUACUUUCAACUCAGCUAAUGAAUUAUCCCUUUCAAGCCUUGGUUAGUAACGUAUCAGGUUUUAGUUUUUUCAAAAUUACCAUUCAUAAAGUUUUUACAAAUGUAAGAAGUUUUUCAUUUUCAACUAGUUUUAUUUAAGUUGUACGUAUAUUUAGAUUUUUAUAAAUGUCUUUUAUUUAUUUUAAGCGUAAAGAACAAUUACUUUAAACAAAUUAAUACAUUGCCAAUGUUAUUUUAGGCCAAUGUUCACUGUCCUGCCUUUCUUCAUGAAGCUGCUACAGAUUGUGUUUGUUCUGCUCUUUAUUGUUCUGAGGUAGGACUACCCAUAAACGAAAACAUAAUAGAUUUAAUGACUUUUAAGUUCACUUUGAUUAGUUGGUGUAGAGUAUAAAUAACUCUACAUCUUAUAAAACCAAAUUAUAAAAAUUGAUACCCUUGAUUCUUGUCUCUCAAUAACCACUAUUGAAAUGUGUUCGUAGAGUAGUAUCAAAGGUAUCAGUGGUCAUGAGUUAUGUAUGACAGAAAUAAAAUUAAGCAAAUUAAAAGUUUUAAAUGAAGUUUUAUCCUCGCAAGGACUUGGAGAAUUACCAUGAGCUGGCCCAGAGACUUUUUCAAGGAGUCAUGACACUCGUCCCUGCUUAUCAUCAAGCUGACAAAGAUGAAGAAUCUGACAAGUGUGUUUCUUGACUUUUUUUACUUGUUUUUUUUUCCAUUCUUAAUUUAGUUAUAUUCACAAUCAAAGCAAAGAGCCUUUAUUAAUGCCUUGUAAAAUAUUCAAAAUAUUUUUCAAACAUAUUUUGAAGAUUUCACUGUGAUGCUCAUAGAAAUUGUAUGAUAAGUAUUUGCAACAUUACAGACUAAGAUUUACAGCUCCUUGCUUUUUUUAUUGUUUUAUUCUUCAAAACUUAUAAUUUUAUAAUCAAUGUCAUUGUUUGAUUUCUGUAAAUCGCUAUUUCCUCUUUGUAACAGGUGCCUGAAUUACUGCAGAGUCUUUACAGAAUUAAGUGAAUCUCUUUUUGACAUGCUGCUGGCAACACCCAAUCAGGUUUUUAAAUUUCCUUUUCCCAUUUUUAAGGGGAUUUCUUUAUAACUUUGUUUAAAGGUUACCAAUCUUAACAUUUUUAAUAUAAAGUAAUUGAAGUGAUUUUAUUGCAAAGAAUGUUUAUAUGUACAAGGGUUUUACUUCUUUAAAAAAGAAGUAAUGACUCAUUAAAAAAAUGAUAGUAAGAAUUUUUAGCAGAAUUUUUUUUUUUAAUUACCUUUUCUCAAAAUUUGAGUAUAGCUAAACAUUGCCAUUUUUAACGUCAUCACUUGUCCACAGGGAUUAGGAACCUUUCAAUUACUAGAUCUCCUUCUAAUGUGUGUUGGUCAUCAUCUUUAUGAGGUAAGCUGCUGACAUUUUUUUGCUCCUUGUAGGCUUCACAAUCUAAAAAAUAAAUUACUGAAAGACUUUUUCAACUCUUGAAGAAAGUAUUUUAUAGAUUUUUUAAAACUCAAAUUUAAUUUUACACUACUUUUAUUUUAGUUAAUUUUUUUAUUCUAUACUAUUUAUUGAAAGGUUGGAGAAAUUACUUUUAACUUUUGGUACCGCCUGUCAGAGGAGCUGUACCAGCGGAACAAUCAGGAACUUACAGAUCUCUUCAAGCCUUACAUACAAAAUUUGGUUUUGGCCUUAUGCCAGCACUGUCAUAUGGAUGAAGAUCAUGUAGGUUAAAUUGUCUAGUUGUUACAUUUUGCUCAGGUUUAACAAUUGAGAUGCACAGCAGCAGCUUCACCCAUUAAAUUUAAUUAGGAAAAAAAAAGUUUUAUUAAUAAAUUGCAAAUCCCUAUCAGUUGAUUUUUAUAUUCACUCCAUUAGGAAGGUGUUCCAGAUGAAAGUGGUGAUUUUGGAGAUUUUCGUGUCAGAGUCUCAGAGUUAAUAAAAGAUGUAGUGUUCAUAGCAGGCUCUUCUUCAUGUUUUGUGCAGGUUUGUUUACUUUUGUUUGAAAUUAUUACUUACAACCAUAAGUUUCGCAUCCUUGAAAUGGUAUUGGGUUUAAAUAUUUAUUACUCCUGACCAUACUUACUAAUAGUAUUACUCCAUGCACAAUAAAUCUUCGGGCCUGUUUAAUAGUAGUUUUUUACCCUCUGGAAUUAGUUUAUUUUUUAAAAUCUUUAAUUCAAUUUUCCUUUUUUUCUGGGAUAUGUACCAGAUGUUUGAAAGUUUAAAGUCACCCAAGCAUCCAUCUUGGGCUAUAUCUGAAGCAGCCCUGUUUGUUAUGACAGCCGUAGCCAAAAACAUUUUACCGUGAGUUGAUAGAUAAGGUUAUUCUGGUUAUUUAAGUUUACGGCAUUCCAUUGUAGAGUCAUGGUUUAUUAUUGUUAUUAAACAAUAAUUAAUUUUAUAGAUCACACUUAAUUUUUACUUAUCAGUAUUUACCUCUAAUUUACCUCUAAGGCUCCCACGCAUAAUUCCUUUCCAAUAGCCCAAUUUAAUCUAUGUAUACUUUAUUAAUAUUGCUUCCAUUUAAUAAACACUCCUAAUAACAAAGAAAUUUAAUAACAUAAUAUAAGAAUUAAUCAUUUUUAUGCGUAAGGAUUGCUUCAAUAAUACUGAUGGUCUUUAAUUAUUUUUUUUGUCUUUAGAGAAGAAAAUGAAAUCGUCCCCCAGGUUGUUGAAGCCAUCCUUGCCAUGCCAGAUACAACCCAUAUAGCAGUGAGGUAUACCAGUAUACAACUGCUAGGAGAGUUAUCUGAAUGGAUUGAAAGUCAUGCUCAAUUUUUAGGUCAGUUCUGUCAUUCCAGACGUAUUUUAUAGACUUUCUCUCUAUUUGCAUUUUUAUCUUGUGGAUGGAAUGUUAUCUUUUAUUUACACAAGUGACAUUUUAAGAUUUCUUGUGUUGUGUUCAUCCGGUGGAUGAUGGAGCUGGGUUGACACUGUCACUCAAAUUAUCUUGGUUGACAGCGUCUGUACACUGAGUGAGUGGGUGAGCUCAGAUCUGGUUAUUAGUUUUAUGCCUAGGUACAGAGUCUAGUCACUUUAACCGGGAUUUUGUAAACAUUCAAUGUUUAAAAAAGUAAAUAAUUCUUAUUUUAUCAAUAAUUUAAUUAAUAAAAUUUUAGAAUAUAACAAAAAAAUUGUAAAACGACUAUCAACGAUGAGUUAGAAUGCACUGAAAAGUAGAAAAUGGUUUACAAUUUCUUAAAAUGCAUAAUGCAAAGAAACUCCAUAGAGAAAAUAUUUUUGUUAAAAAAAGUAAAUAAAAUAUAUUUUAGUUUGGUCUACAUUGAAUUUGAAUUCCUUUGGCUUCACAGUGUGUCCACCGACACUUCUACACAGUCUUUCUUUGCAAGAUGCAUUUUAAGAAAUUUUCAGUUAAAUUCUAGUUUUUAGAACGUUUUAACUCAUUUUUUUUUUAAAAUAUUUUUUUAUUUUUUUAAAGGUUUUACAAUUUUUUUAGAAUUUAUAUUGUACAAAAAAAAAAAAGAGUUUGUUUAAAAAUUAAAAUUGAAACAGAAUUAACUAAUUGUUGUAUAUUCUCUAUUCUUAUUGUAACUAUUUUUAUCAACAGAUUUAAUUUUGCAGUAUCUCCUUGCUGGCCUUCAACAGCCUCUGCUGGCAUCAAUGGCAGCUAAUGCACUUCAGAGUAUCAGCACUCAGUGCAGAGACCAUAUGACAAACCACUUUGAAGGACUGAUGCACAUUGUUAGGUCAAUGGAGACAUUUAACCUGUCCCCGGAUGCUGCAAUUGGUCUUUUAAAAGGUAUUUUAUUUAUCUAAUAUAAUGUGCACAAAAUAAAUUUAAAAGCAGACAAAUUCAGCAUUGUUUGUUUUUUUGCCUUGCAAGACCUUUUAGUAAAGGAGACAACCCCUCAUUAGUCUUAUUACUUUUGGCCUACCUUUCCUAAUUCUACAUUCAUCCUAUUCAACAGACAGCUUAAAUAUUAGGGGUGUGCCGGACCCCGGUCCGGAAUCCGGUUCCGCCGGAUUUUGCACUAUCCGGUGAAAUCCGGUUCCGCCGGAUUUACAUGUAUCCGGAACAACCGGAUUCCGGAAUCCGGAAUAUACCGGAUUUCGGAAUUUGCCAGAUUUUGUGACUCACCGGAUCAUAAUCUGAAAUAAAAGUAAUUCUCUUUCCCGAAUUUCACACGAUCACGAUACAUUAAUCGAUUGUUUCGAGCGUUGAGCUUGUUUAAUGUUUAAUAUUCCGUACAUACCAGAGGCUAGAGUCAGCACCGCUAAUAGUGGCCAAUAGUGUAGGGACUUUGAUAAGAAAAUUUAAACUUUUUGUAAAAAUAAACCAAUGGCAUAGUUGAAAAGAUGUAAUUUUUUAAAGAAUUAUAACACCAAAAUCAUAUUUUUAGCUGUUGUAGUUUUAAAGUUAUGAAUUUUUAAAGUACGACUUGGUUUGUCAUUUUUUAACAUGGACUGCAUCUCCACAUUCUGUGAUCUCAUUCCACCAAUCCCGUCAUGCGCAAUGACUAUAUAGUUUAUAUAAGGCAACGCAUUCCCUGCCUUAUCACUAAAAUACUGUUUAGACUUAGUUUAAACUUUCAACUUUGGCACAUGAAUAAUUAAUUAAAGCUUUCCCUGACCAAUGGUUUAAUAGUUUUUGCACACGGCAAACUCUUAUGAAUGAAACUCUGAGGUAGUACUACGAUACAGUUAUGCAAGUGGCUGUGAAUGGUUGCCAAUGACAACGUGUUGCACACGGUAAAUUCUGAUCAUUUAUAAUAUGGAUUCUACCGGGUUGUUAAAGCUCAAAUUAAAACAUUCCAGUUUAAAUGUCUUUAAAUGCAUUCUGAAACACAAGUUAUCAAUUAUUUUGAUGUAAAUAGUGAUAAUAAAUUAAUAUUUCCUAAGUAUCGUCAACUUCCGCCAUUAAAAAGGGGGGCGUGGCCAACCCCAUGGCGAAAUUAGGUUGAGCGAGCUGCAUAACCUGCUGCGAACGCGUAGAAACAUGGCGUCUCUCGUAAGACACUUAUCCAAAUGGAACGGAACUCAAAUAUAUAUCGAAAGUACUAAUUUAAUAAUAAAUAGACACACACAUCGGAAAAUUAAAAACUCGGAUUUUUUGGCGCCGAUUGCGAAUUCCCAUACACAAAAAGUAGUAGUCCACCUUGACUUACCGAAGUAUCUACCAAUAGUACCAAAAUCCGGAAUCCGGGAGAAACCGGAAUCCGGAUCCGGCGGAUUUCGCAUAAGAAAAUCCGGAUCCGGUUGGAAAAAACGGAUCCGGCACACCCCUAUUAAAUAUUUAUGUUAUUUUAUAUUAAUGUGGUGUGCUUAAUUGGUGUAAAAGCUAUAUUUUCUCAUACUUUGAAAUGUAUUAACUAAUACGUUUCAAUCUUCCCACAUAUUAUAUACAAUCCUUCAAUCUCAUUAAAUUUUUUGCUUCAAGGAAACACUGUUGACAUAUUUAUAAUUAUGGUAAUGGAAAAAUUUCACAGGUAACAUACGGUGUAAUUUAAAUUAAGGAUUAAUCAGAUAUACAUUGUCAAAAGGUUCUGAAUUCCGAGGUUUUUCUUUUACUUCUAUUUGCCAUCCUGGGUACGAAUUUGUUCAUAUACAAAGCUACUUAUCAUUCAUGAUGAAAAUAUUGUGUUUUAGGAAGCGACCGGGUAGACAUUUUCACCGGGUACCGAAUCCAAGUUUUUGUUAUCGUUUGCUAAAUACGGGUACGAAUCUGAGUAUUAUGUGGAUAUUAUUCAUGAUGAAACUUGUCCGCUUAUUACACACAUUACCCGUUCCAUGUAUAAUUCAAUGUCUAUGUGUAACACAUGCUAUUUUACCGUUGAUGUAGCAUGGUUAACUAAUACUUUGUUUGAUUGUCAAGGAUGCCGCUAUCACUUGAGUAAUAUAAUUAAUUCUCUCACUCCUCAAACUUAACUGUCCUCUCACACAAUGAAUGAGGUGUCAAAGUCCAUGAAUAAAUUGUACAGUACUUUAUUAUAUGAAUUACUACAACAAUAAUAAGACUUGCAAUGAGGAUAUCCUGCAAUAAUUUAUAUAAUAUUCCACAUCACAAUUGAAUCACAAUACUUCAAUAAUUCGCAUGAUAGAAAAUAAAAUAUGUCUUCUCCCUGUCCGAAAAAUGGUGUAUUCUCCACUCUACUAAAGCGUGCGGUCUACCUCCGCUCUAGAAAAAUAUAGUUCCUCCCCUUUUAUCGUGAAAUACGAGGUAUUCCAACUCUAUGCUCAAAUUACUACGCCAUCCUGACAUAAUAGUGUCGUGUGUAAAAUUACAGACAACUUGGUCUGUUACACCAUGUAUAAUGUGAUAUGUUAAUCUAAUAAUAAUACAACUUAACUAAAUAAAUAUUUAUUUUAAAAUUGAAAUAUCAAAAUCAUUUAAAAUGCUACAAUAUUUAAGGGGGUAGGUGAUCGAAAAUAUCUUAAUUUUAAAAAAAUUAUCCAUUUUUUUAUUUUUUCAUUUUUUACGAUGAUGAACAUUCUUAGAAUCGAUUACAUAUCAAUUUAUACUACCGUACUUUUUAAAAUAUUUGUUGUGAAACAACUGAUAUUUAACACCCCACCCCACUCUAAAAAUUGACCUAAUUUUGGAAAUAAAAUAAAAUUCAUGCAUAUCCCAUGUUUGAGACCUCAAAAAACUAGUUUUAAAUAACAUAAUAUGCUAUAUUUAUAUAUCAACGUCAAGGUAAAUUCAAGCAGUUUUUUUUAUAUUUAGAAUCGUAGUCAGUAAAUAUAAUUGCUACAAAUAAUCGGAUCCACAAGCGUAAUGUGUAUAGGAUAUUCUUCGCUUCUAUUUAUAUAAUUAUUUUACUGAUUUUCAUUGGUCCAAACGGGGGGGAACCAAGAUACCGUUGACUCGUGCAUGCGCAAACGAGUUGUUUAUGUGUGUUUACCGGAUCGUGGUUCUGUGUACAUAACAAAAUUUUGCAAACGAAAGCAUCAGCAUAUUUUGAUUUUAAAAUAUACAUUUACAACCGUACCCAUUCGGUAAAAGCCAGAAAUUCAAGGUAAGUAUACUAAAAAAAAUGACCUUAAUUUAGCAACACGCAAUCGGUGAUAAUUAAAAUCAUUGUCACUGUGUUGCCAUGAUUAUAGUGCAUGUGGAUUGUUUGUGAGUUUAUGGUUAGCUUAUGCGGAGAAUUACAUGAGUUUCUACUUUAAGUCUUUAUAUUUACCAAUUAAGUGAAUUGUUAAGCUGUAUGAAUUCUAAGCCUAUUUAUUUAUAUUUGUCUAACAAAACAAUAUUGAUAAAUAAUCGAGUAGUUCAAAGUAAUUGGCUAAGGCUAGGACUAACAUUCAGUAACAACGCAAUAUUAUGCCGUAAUACUACUAUAAUUAUAGUAUUAGCAUUAUGGGCAAAAUAAUUUGUAUUAGAAUGUUUUAACUCAAAUAGUUUAAUCGUAGCCUUAUUCAUUUAUUUUAUCUGUAUACAAUUAUUAAUAGUAAUAGCCUAAUUAGUUUUAUAUUAUUUCUUAUUUGUAAGAUCAGUUCAUUAGACUAAUAAUAGUAAUUAUAUUAAAAUAGAUAUUUAGCUAAGCAAUCCUAAACAUCUAAAUAAUAAUAAUAGGCUUAUUGAGAUCAUUUUCAAUUUAUUAUUUUCUAAAUGAUGUUUAAAUAAUUUUUUAAUUCCAUUCCAGCCCCCAAUAAGUUCUGCCGAGCAAAAGUUAAUUCUUCAGUGACAAGAAUUCAACAGAGGGACUGCUAAACAUUGAUUUCGAUAUGAUCAUAAUUCAAAGCUUUUAUCAAUUUUCUUCUGUCCGCAGUGGAAUGGGCAAAUUGCAGAAGCCAUAACUUACAGCUGAUUGCAAAACAAAAUAGUAAAUACUAUGAAUAUAACAAUGACUGGAUUGUGAGUGGUUAGAUUGUUCAUAUCCACAACUGGAUAACCAAGUCAUUAUCAAUUAUAGACUGUAAGGCCUGAAGGACAAUGGCAUUGACCAUGAAAAGUUGCAAUCUAUGAUAUCUGCAAUAAACAAUCCAGCUGCACUGCAAAAGUUAUAACCUGCACAAAGUAUAAAAACUGCGCUAUGCCGAAGACAUAAAACAUAAUGAGCAAGUAUCUGCCCAAUUAUUACAUUUCUAAUAGACAAAUAACUCAUUCACCUCUGGUAUGAGGGAUAUCUUUGAUGAAAGAAGUACACAGAAUAGAUACAAAAGUUUCAACAUGGCAUUGCUGCCAUGAAACUAUUUAUGCUUCAAUUUCAGUGAUGGUGACAUCAACAUAACCUUGUCAUCUAAGUAUGGUUAAAGGGAUCAUGGACAAAAAGGGUUGAUUGGGGACUUUGGAUAACUUGUGUUAUACUAUAAUGCUGAACAACAAAAUUCUUGUACAACACAAAUUAGCUUUAUUCCAGAAGAAAAAUAUUUUUUUUUUAAAUUGUGAUUUUGACGAGAGCACCAGAGUGAAGUUUGAGAAGGUGAAACCCAUGUUCCUGGUGCGUUCAACAGUUCAAUAAUAUACGAAACCACCAUGUCCAUGUUACUGAACAAAAAAAACUAUGUAAAAGAACUUUAUUUUCAUAAUAAACUUAAAAUUUUAAAAGUUUAAAAUUGAUUUUUCUCAAAAAAAAAUUUUUCUGUUGUUUUGUAACGUAGAAUUCUAAAAUCUUAGCUAAUAUACAAGUUUGAGUAAUAAAAUUGUUGUGUAUCUUCCUUUAACUAUUUUGUGGGUAAUGAGCUAUUCAAAAGUCAAUUUGGUCAAUUACUUUUGUUAAAAUAAUUUUUUUCAUUUCCAAGGAUGGUAAAUUUUAAGCGCUUGCUGCUGAGGCAAAUUUUAAAAAUUUAAAAAAAAAAUGUUUUGAAAAGUUUGAAGGAAAUAAAACUAGCUCAGUACCUCUAAAUAUAAAUGAAGUUCAUGAAUCAAUCAUUUUUUAAGCAAUAUGUUUGUUUUUAAAAUUUUAGAAAUCUACGAAUGUGUAUUAUUUUCAAGAUGGCCACCGUUGCCAUGGCAACUAUAUAAUUUUUUUUUCGUUUGAAGCAUGAAAAUAUAUCUCCAUUCAUAGCUUAACAUGACCAUAAUAAAAUAGUUGCUCUAAGUUGGUUAAUUUUUUUUAAAUAUUUUUUUGUAGCCUACCCCCUUUAAAUGUAUUGCGGUCUUCAUACUUCAAAUGUGCACUACUAACAUUACUGGUGUUAUUUGAUGAUAAUGGUUGCACAGGCAUUAGAAUACCGGUAAUGAAAAAUUUCUUAGCCGAACCCCUACUAUUAACACUUUAUAAUCCGCAUAACACAUGGAAUAAAUAAAAAACAGCAUCUAUCCACAUUAUGGUAGAGUGAAGAAUAAUGUUAUAAAGUUGGUAAACUCAAUAUGCUUGUUUUUUUUUUCUUUCUAAGUUUCGCUGGGGAUUAACUCUAUUAAACAAGUUUGAAAUUGAUGCAAUUUAGACCGUACAGCCUCCUAUUUUAAUACUCAUGUGUUUUGAAUGUCUUUUUGCAGCAUUGCUUAUUUUUUUAAAAACGGGACGUUCGGCCUGGGUGAAUUUCUGAGAUGAUAUCGUAUUAUUUACAUUUUUCAAUGCUAAGAGAUUUAACAAAAUGUUGCUUGUGUUGUCAGGUACAGCCACAAUCCUUGGCAGACUGCCAUCUAAUAACAUCACAGUAGCAUUAAGUCAACUAUGUGCUUGUCAGAUUUCUCCCUUGGACAGAGUAAGUAAUUACAUGGCAAUAAAUGCUUUACUUUCUUAACUGAAAUCAAACUUAGAUUCAAUCUGGUUCAAUAACAUGAAUGUCAGAAUAGGUAGAAAAAAAUAUAUUUAUUGUUUGACAGUUUAUUCUGAUUUGUUAUUUAGGCUUCAAUUCAUUGAGCUCUCAAAAUUCAUAAUUGUAAAAAAAAAUUCUACAAUCCUAUAUUAGGUAUUGUUUUAUAUAGGCUAUUAAAACCUGAUAACUAUACCUAAUUAUCUUCCAAAAGAUGUUAAAUGAAGACAGUGGACCUGUGAAACAAGGUGCUCCUAAUGAUCCUGUUGUUUGGCUGGACAGGCUUGCUGCAAUUUUUAGGUAAUUUUUAGUGAAACAUAUUUUUACAGAUUUGAGAGGCUGUCAUCUUUAAUAUUGCACCACAGGAUAUUAUUAUCUUUUUUCUAAGUCAUACUGUAAAAUUGAUACAAAGCUGCAACCAUGUCACACCAUUUAUUAGGGAUACAAUUUAUUUUCUUGCUACACAUAUUUUAACAGUCUUGAACAAUUUUACGUUUUAUAAAAAUCCGGUACCAAAUUCACACUCCAUGAACCUAAAUAAACAAACUGUGUUUAUGUGAUUAAAUCUAUUUUAGUUAUGAAUUUUAAGAAGGAAUUGAUGAAGCAUGAAAAGCCAGACAAAUGAAAUCCAAACUACGCUUAAACAUAUCCAUCGUUUAAUGUAAAAAUCGAAGUGUAUUCCAAUAAUGUAUAUAUGUAAAAAAAAAAUAUUAUUUUAGUAUUUUUUUCUUUUAAUUUUUAACAUUUCUAGGAAUAAUGUAUAUAAUGCCAUUCCAACAGACACACUAAUCCAUCGGUUACCAAUGGUCAAACCCACCCUUGCCAGGCUGUCAUCCUAGAGGUAUGUAAGAUUUACAAGAAGUGACUUAGAACAAGCAUAUCCAAAGCAGAAUCUCUCCUAAUAAUAAUUGAGAAGUACCUAUUAAAUUUUAUAAUGUUGCAAAGGUAUUGUUCGGUGAAACUGCAGAUGCAAAUUUGAACUUCUAAAAAGAAACAAAUAGAGCUAAAUCCAAACUAUGUUUAUAAAUAUUCAAUUCAUAAAAUGCAAAUAUUUAAGUGAUUUUUUUUAAAUAUAUGUUUUAAAAGUUUACCUUUAUGUUCUGCCAAGUUUGAAUUGAAAAUUUUGGAUAUUUAAUUAUUUUUGUUUUUAUAAUUAAUUUUUACAGGUCUGGCCUGUUUUAUCUCGAGCUUGUGAAAAAUAUCAGUCUGAUGUUCGUAUUAUAGAAAGAUGCUGCAGAUGCAUUCGUUUCGCAAUUAGGUGUUUAGGUAAAAAUUCAGCAACAUUGCUGACACCACUUGUCACACAGGUCAGUAGUGUUAACUCGUGUUACAUUGCUUAGAAUUUUUUUAUACUUUAUGCUGCAUAAGCUAAUAGGGGUUUGAAUUUUUUAUUAUGAAGAAGAACCUCCAGAAAACAGUGACUCAAAAAUGACACUAAUGCAAUAGAAAUUUGUAUUGCUUACCCUCUGUUGGUGAAAUUUUUUUAAAAAGAUGGUUUUAGUGAGCAAUGUUCUUUGAUCAAUAUAAAUAUUAAAAGUUAAGGUAGUUUCUCAAAAUGUUGAUGUGAUUUGUUAGCUGGUGUGUAAAUAAUCAAUUUUUUCAAUUUCAUCCAGAUGGUCGGCCUCUACCAAACACAUCAGCACUCAUGUUUCCUCUACCUGGGUAGUAUUCUUGUGGAUGAAUACGGCAAAGAAGCAGGUUGUGUGCCGGGCUUGUUAGACAUGUUACAGGUAAAUGUAUGUGACAAACUUUUUUCACCUCACAUUCAGUAGAGUAUAGCCUGUAGUGACAUUCAGUUUCUCUAAUUUCACUCGUUGCUUCUAUUGUUUAUGGGGCCAUUUUCCUUUGUCCCCCUUACGUUAUUUUCUUUGUUUUAUUUGAUUUGCUAGCCCUACUUAUUUGGGUUGAAAAAUAGCUUUAGAAAAUAGAUACAAGCACUUAGUUUAAGUAAAAUUGUUUCUAUAUGCUUUAAUAAAUUGAUAAAAUAAUUUUCUGCCCCAUGCCGUCAUCAGUGUAUAAAAAAAUGAAUAUAGAUUAAAUAGCUUACCUAUUGAAUUAAAAUCAAAGGUAUAGAAAAAAAGAAAAUGGGUGGAAGUGUGUAAUAAAAACAAGAAACGAUACCACCGUCCAUCCCACUUAUAAUUAAUUAAAAUAUUUUUGGUUUGAUAUUUUAUUAUUGCUUUAAUGGAUGAAUUUCAGUAGGAUUUAAAAAUUACUGAGAUAACAUUUCUUAAGUAGCUAUCACAAUGAAGAAAUUUUAGUCACUUUUUGUUUAAUGUUUUUUUUGUGGUUUUUUUUAUAUUUAAAACCGUUUCUCUGAUUUUUGUCUCUGUCCAGGCAUUUUGUGGACCGACGUUUAAGAUAUUAGAAGAACACAAUGGCUUAAGAAACCACCCAGAUACAGUGGAUGAUUUGUUUAGAUUAUGUUUGAGGUCAGUCACAUUUCAUUCACUUUUAUAAUUAUCAUGAGGUUUAAAGUUAUUUUGAUUAUCUGACAAAAAGUUUGGCUUUAUGUUAUUAGACAUAUAUAUUAAAAUGAACUUUUUUGGAUUAAAUUUUGCAUAAUUACCAAUAACAUAUUUUUACCAUUUGUUUAUUUAGACUUAUCUGUUAUGCCAUAAAUUAUUUUUGAAAACAUAUUCCUGAUAGAUUGCUAAUGUUUGAUAGCUGCACCUUAAAUCAUUUAAUAAAAUUAAUCAAAAUUAUUGUGUUAUGCAAGCUGUACAUCAUUAGGUGCCACAGUAUUUGCAAAGAAAACUGAAUAUAUUUACUCUGCAUGUUCUGAUAACACUUAGGAUAUCUAAUUUAAUAGACUGAUGUCAGAUUAUUAACCAUUGAACUAUUUGAUGAGAUAUAAUAAACUAAGCCUCCCUUGUUAAAUUUUAGUGUUGUAGUGUUAAGUGUUUUGCCUUAACACAAACAGGACAGGUAUUAAAACUGGCUUCACUCGAUUGGUGUAACUGAUUCUCUUAUUGUUUUUGGUCAACUCAGAUUCAUCCAAAGAGCUCCCGUUCCUUUCCUUCAGAGUGCCAUGGCUAAACCAAUUAUGUGCUGUGCAAUAGCCGCCUGCUCUUUAGAUCAUAAGGACGCCAAUGCUUCUGUAAUGAAGUUCCUUACUGACAUGAUCAAAUGUGUGCGAGAAAAAGAAGUAAGUUUCUAAAAUAAAUGCAUUCCUUGAAUUACAGUGUGCCGUGCAUUGUAAAAUGCAUGUUUACAAAUAACCACUGAAAUUUUAAAGUUAUCUGUCAAAGUCAGAAAAUAUAAGUUAAAAUAUUAUAGUUUUUCUAUUAAAUUUACUAAAAUGAUACGUAAGUUAAACGAAUUGAGUUAAUAUCAAGUCAAGAUUAAGUGUUGUUGUUUUUUAAAAUUUCAAGUAAUUAUUGAUCUUUGGGAUUAACGUAAUGAUUCCUUUAAAUGAUCCUAACAAUAUAUUAAGUGAAAUUUUAAAAAAAAAAUUAUGAGUGUAAAUUUCAAUGACUUUUUUAAUUCUAUUUUAUAAAUUAUUUUAGGAUAGAGAAGACUUUGAAUUCCGUCGUUCCCUUGUUAAAAAACUUCUCGAUGAUCAUGGUCAGUCGCUGGUUAUAGCUUUGAUCAACGCCUGCCUAUUUUGUUUACCCACAUUCAUGUCAGCAGAUGUUAGUGAAGUCCUCUAUGAACUUAUGGUAAUAGACAGGCCGGUGAGUUGAUCUUCACAUUAUUUCAUAUUUCAAUACAAUAGUUUUGCUGCUGCCAGAGAAUUUGAUUAGUUAAGCACUACUUAAUUGUUUAAGGGCAUCUGGCUUUUGAGAAUACACAGAGUUUUUCCACUGUGCAUAAAAAUAAACUGAAAGUUGUAUACAGAAUCAUUUUUUCCAUUCAGACUUUUAUAUUAAAACCCUUUGCCAUUACAUGUCUUUUAAAAUGAGCCAGACUGUAUAUAUCAUAUAACUCCAGAAUUCUGAGAAUUUUAUAAUUGCUUUAGUUUGUAAAUUAUUUAUAAACAGAUGUUUUGUGUGUGGCUUGAGCACACAUUAAAAGCCUUACCUACAGAAAGCAGCGGUGGUGCUGUCACAGCAACAAAGAAGCAACUUGCUGACUUCCACAAAGCUUGUACCAGGUAAAAUAGCAUGAAUUGUUAAUCGCCAUCAAAUGAUGUCGUUGUGAAUUAUGGACAAAUCUGACUCCGAGUGUUUUAAAUGCUUUACAGCACUGGGGUUUAGAGAUUUUUCAAAAUGUAUCUCAAUUUCUUCUUCUUCUUCUUCUUCUAUAUCUUAAGGGCCCACGAUCAAUUUAUUGAUCAUUUUGACAUAGAAGUGGCAAUAGUAGGUUCUUUAAUUUUGUUCAAAAUUAAUGACUACCAAUUAAUUAUGAAAGAUAAAAGUUGAUUACUUUUAAAAAGAAAUAAUUACAACUUUUAAAAAAAUUGGUAUGUUUAUAUAACUUAUAUGUAAUAUACUUUAUUUUAUUUCUGAGGUCAUAAAUUGCAUACUUCUUCAAAUCUUUAGAAAAGUAAAUAGUAAGUGGAACCAAUAAUGGUUUUAUAACUCUUGUGUUCUUUUAUUAAAAGAGGAUUCUGGUAUUCUUACAAUCUAUUUCUUUUUAUCUCCUCAGUGCUGAAGAUUUGAAACAAGUCAGCAAUGCAGUGAGAGAUUUCUGUCGCCUUUACAGAUAAUCUCAGGCUCCCUAUAGACUGUGAUAUUUCCUUAGUUUUAGCUUUCACGCCAACCUUUAGACUUCACAGCUUGACCACAACAAAAUCUUCUCCAUGACAAUUUGCUAAAAGGCUGAAUGUGUCCUUUUUCAGUCAGUAGAGGGGAUUAAAUUAUCAAAGAUAACAGCUGUUAUUUGCUCUGCUUAUUCCCUUUUACUACCUCUAAUGUUAUGCCUACCAUUACAUAACAUGAGUUAUUUUCUUAUUAAGAUUAUAUUUCCCCAGGGCCUGUCCAGAAAUUAUUAGUUUACCAAUUUGAAAGAUGUAAUCUCGGCCAAACUUCAUUAGAACAAAAUCACAGGGAAAUUGUCAGAGCUCAAGACCUGUGAGAAUAUUAACCCUCUUGUGGCAGCUGGGCCACUCUAUUGGACCAGAGUCAAAUGGCGAAAAAGAUGAAGGGCCGAUCCAUCGGGCCAAUAAACAAGCCUCAAGAUUGGCUGGCUGGUCUUUGUACCAGCUAAUGAGAUUGCUUCUCGCAUUUCUUGCUCGCCUAACCAUUUUAAAUGUGGCUUCCUUGGAUGGCUAACGAUGUAUUGUUAUUUUAUGGCCUUUUUUUUUUUUCGUACUUAGUGCACCUUGACAUAUGCCAAAGGGCAUAAGCACAUUUAUUGGAAUACUUAAUGCAGUUUUUCUGAUUUAAUGUUUGUUGGGACUUUAAGUUAAACGAUCAGAAAAGUCUGCAAGUAAGACAAGCAAACAAAAACAAAAAAAAUAGCAUGUGUACAUUAUGCAAAUUAGGAAAUCUCAUUUGCUGAAACUUUGAGAUUUUAGUUUUAUUCAUAAAGAUAGUGUUAGUUCAUUUAAUUCCCUAACUACAAGAAUAUAUAUAGUUUAAUAUUUAUAAAGUAAAUAGUUUAUUUUGUAGUGAUUUUCCAAUAUAAGUGCAGGGCUUGUAAAUAGGGCUGUGUCUUCUUGGCACCCUAGGUCCAAGAGGGUUAAAGCCUACUCUUCUAACACAAUCCAGCUGUCUGGCCAAAGCGGACAAUUGUUUUAAUUUAAGACCAUGCUUUUAUUCUGUUGAUUAUUUUGCUGCUACUCCAUAGAAGAUAUGCUGCUCUUCAUUUGACCACGUGUAGUCUAUCAUUAGCUGAAACCUUGAUUUAUCAUUGUACAUUUUUGUAAAUCUUAUGUUUAGAUUGUAUCUUUAUGAGCUUAUAUCCUGGAUGCUAACAAAAAAUGCAAUUUGGGUCAUAAUAAAAUGAGUUCAAUCCUCUUAGCAUUCAAACUUGAAGUGUAAUUAUAGACUAUGAUUUAAUUUGAAUUAGUUUUUCCAAUUUUUAAACUACUAUGAUGUAUGAUAAAAUGUUUACUUCUAUUUGUUUGUCAAAAUGAAUGAAUAAAUGUGAAAUGCUGUUGUUGUUCCCCCUUCCAGAAACCAGGAAAUAAGAUUUAACUUAGACUUGGAUUAAGACUUGGGAAGAGAAAAAAAAUUGUGCUACUGCUACUAGCUUUUUGAAAUGUUUUGUGGAAUAUAAAAUAAAAAAAUUAAUUUCAGUUAUGUUAAAUUAUAUAGUGGUAUAUUAUUUUAUUUAUCAAAGGCCUAUAAAGAUUUUUUAACAUUUUAUGUGGAGAAAUGCAACCAAGUGCAUGGUAAGUUUUGAUAAAAUCUAUUUAUUUUAUAAUUAAAAAUAGAUGUUACGGCCAUGCUGCCAUGGCUAUAUACUGUCACAAAAUCCUGUGUUUGCACCUAUAACGAUUUUUUUUUUGGUGCAAUUAAAAUGUGUAUAAAAUUGUUGAAUAACCACAGUACUAUUAUAUAGCAAAGGUGGCCACAGUGCAGCAUGAGGAUUGCAUAACACACCACCACCCAUGUGAUGCUGCUCUCAUUGUUUAUAAUUAUCCUAUUUCAGUAAAUUGUAUUUGGGUGGGCAUGUAAAUAGGUUGUAUAGAUUUGUUUGAAUUAAUUUAACAAUGAGUUGUUAGUAUGGUACAAAC